GUACCGGGGGGGGGGCGGGGGGGGGUUGCGCAGACUCCGCUGCUGUCUGCGCCCGGCCCCGGCAUGUGGCUCCGGCCCCGCAGCUGCCAUGGCCCGGCCGGCGGGAGACCUCGCCCGGGACCUGCAAGACAGCAUUCGCAAGGUCCUGAGCCGCCCGCCCAACCCUCUGCUGCUGAAGGUGAAGCUUGAAACCAAGCCCAAGAAGUUUGAGGAUCGUGUGUUGGUGCUGACGGCCUGGCGGCUCCACCUCUUCGGGCUGAAAGUGCCGGCCAAGGUCGAAAGCUCCUUCAAUGUCUUGGAAAUUCGAACGUUAAACACAAUAAACCACAGCCAGAUCCUGGUGGACACGGAGAAAGCCACCUACAGCUUCAAAUUCCCCAGCGCGGCCAGCGCCGAGCAGCUCACCCGGCACGUCAACGCGGCUCUCAGCAAGAUCUUCCCCAGCCCCACGGCGGGCUGUCUGAGGACCCCUGAGACCCCCCGGGACACGUCCCCCAACUCCGAGAGUUCGACCUCCACCAGUCACAGCAUCUGCGGGGGGUUCUCCGAUACCUACGCCGCCCUCUGCGACUACAACGGGCUCUUCUGCCGGGAGGAGGUGCAGUGGGAUGUCGACACCAUCUACCACUCGGCCGACAAUCAUGAAUUCAACCUGCUGGACUUCAGCCACCUGGAAAGCCGGGACCUGGCUUUGAUCGUCGCUGCCCUUGCCUACAACCCUUGGUUCACGCGACUGCACUGCAAGGACCUGAGGCUGGGCUCUGAGGUAUCUGAGCAAGUUCUGCACACACUCAGCAAGUCCCAUCACCUGGAGGAGCUGGUGCUGGACAACACGGGGUUAAAAACAGACUUCGCGCUCAAACUGACCUGCGCUCUGGGAGACAACCCCGGCUCGGCCCUGCACAGCCUGGUGCUGUCGCACAACCAGAUCGAGGACAAAGGUCUCAUCUCCCUGAGCCAGCAAUUCCUCUACUUCCCCAAGGGGCUGCGGCAGCUCGGGCUCUGCAAGACGGGGGUCACCCCGAAAGGGCUGGCCGGGCUCUGUCAGACCCUGGGGGCCAACCCGGCCUUCAGCAGCUCCCUGCAACACCUGGACCUCAGCAAGAACCCCGGGCUGCUGGGCGGCGAGGAGGCCAACGGUUUUUAUUCCUUCCUGGCCCAGCCCAACGCCCUCCUGCGCCUCGAGCUGGCCGGCACGGACUGCGCCGUCGACGUGUUAUUCGGGGCGCUGCUGCAUGGAUGUUGCACUCGGCUUCGCUACCUCAACCUCUCCCGGAACUCCUUCUCGCACAGGAAAGCCAAGGACUCCCAGCCGGCCUUCAGGCAAUUCUUCUCGAGCGCCUACGCACUGAACUACGUGAGCCUGUCGGGCACGAAAAUGCCCCUGGAUGCCUUGAGGUCUCUGUUCCAGGGUCUCUCGGCCAACACCCACCUGAGUGACGUUCACCUGGACUUGAGUGGCUGUGAGCUGCGCUCGCCGGGGGCUCAGGUCCUACAGGAGCAGCUCCCAGGGGUCACUGCCGUGGGGAGCCUAGACAUCUCCGACAACGGUUUCGACUCCGAUUUGCUGACGUUGGUCCCUGCUUUGGGCAAGAACAAAUCCCUCAAACACCUCUGGCUGGGCAAGAACUUCAGCGUCAAGUCCCGGACGCUGGAGGAGAUACUUCACAAGAUUGUACAGCUGAUUCAGGAGGAAGAUUGUUCCCUGCAGUCUCUCUCUGUGGCCGACUCACGGCUGAAGUCCCGGACCAGCAUCCUCAUCAACGCCCUUGGCAGUAAUACCUGCUUGAGCAAGGUGGACCUGAGCGGGAAUGGCAUGGAGGACCUGGGGGCCAAGAUGCUGUCCAAGGCUCUGCAGAUCAACAGCAGCCUCCGGAGCAUCGCCUGGGACCGGAACAACACGACAGCACUCGGCUUCCAUGAUGUUGCCCGAGCCCUGGAGAACAACUACACCCUGAAGUACAUGUCCUUCCCCAUGAGCGACAUCACAGUCGCUUACCGCAGUGCCCCGGAGAGGACGGACGAGGUGUGGCAGAAGAUCCAAUGGUGCCUCCUCCGAAACGGCCAUUCCCAGAAGUUCUCCCAGGAGCAGGCGUUCCGACUCCAGCAGGGGAUCGGCACCAGCAGCGCCGAGCAACAGAUGAUCAGACGGCUGUGCCUGCGGGUCCAGGAGGAGGUGAGGGCUCUGCACAGCUGCCCUGCUGAUACUGUCCAGGAGGAGGUGCUCUAUGCGCGGGAGCUCAUGAAGGAGGCCAAGAACUCGCGGGCGCUGUUCCCCAGCCUCUAUGAACUGGGACACAUCUUGGCGAGCGACGGGCCCGUCCGGCAGCGACUGGAGUCCGUGGCCAAUGAGGUCUCCAAGGCCGUUGACAAGGAGCUGCAGGUGAUCCUGGAGUCCAUGGUGACACUGACCCAGGAGCUCUGCCCCAGGGCCAUGCAGGCCGCCGAGGGCCACAACAAGAUGCUGGGGGCCGUGUCAGAGCGGGUGACCGUCCCCCGCAACUUCAUCCGGGGGGCACUGCUGGAGCAGGCCGGGCAGGACAUCCAGAACAAGCUGAACGAGGUGAAGUUGUCUGUGGUGACGUAUCUCACCAACUCCAUCGUGGAGGAGCUCCUGGAGGAGUUGUACAGCACCCACAAGAGCCUGACCCAGCACAUCGCUCACCUCCAGCAGCUCUCCGAGGGGCAGGGCGGUGCUGGGAGCUCCGGGGGGACCCCACUGGACCAGCCCCCCAGGAACCAGCUGAGAGAUCCUGAGGAGACCACAGACGAUGAGCUGGGAACCAGCAUUGACACCAUUGCUAUCAAGAGGCAGAAACAUGGCAGGAAAAUCCGACCUGUCUCAGCUUUUAUCGGCGGGGCUGACCCAGACACUGAUGCCACACACUCCUGGGGCACCAACUCGCCGUCAGGCUGGCUCUCCUCGUCAGCCAGCAGCCAGUACUCGCAUUCCCGCAGCCCCUCCUUCGAGGGACUGGCUGAGCUCCCCACUGAGGGGUCCCGGCUGGAGCACCGCACCCGCGGCCGGCCCCGGCCCCCCCGGUGCGUCCCCCCGGGGCCCCGCCAGAACCAGGCUCGGACACCUGGGUCCAUUGAGCCCCAGCGGCAGGAGAAUGGGACAGUGCCGCGACUGGAUGAGGGGCUGGAGGAAUUUUUUAGCAGGCGUGUCCUCACAGAUAACACCAGCUAUCCACGGACUCCCAGAGGCUGUGGGGUGAGACCAGGCCCCUCAGACGCGCUGCCCCCCAUGCAGAAGAAGAGGCGAAAGGGGCUUUUCCAUUUUCGGAGGCAUCGGAGCCUCAAGGGGGAGAGGGAGGUUGAAGACACCCUGUGGGGGGCCCCCCACAGCUCCCCCAGCACCCCCCAAGGGACAGCAGAUGAGCCCAAGGCUUCAAUGUGGAGUUCAGCCAGCCUGGAUGAGAGGGAGGGGCAGGAACCCCAGGGAAUGGGGAUUCCCCUCCCCGGGUUGGGGGGCAGCGGAGGAAGUGGGGUGAAGGGGCUGCCCCCCAGAGGUAAGCAGGGCCCCACCGCUGAUCGUUCCCCCAACCCCAUGAGGGAGGAGUCAGAUUCUUCGGAGGCGGAGCUACUGCAGCCCUCCAGAGUGCACGGAAUCGCCCUGCCCGGAAUGGGGCGGAGCCUGGAUGGGAAGAAAGAGGGGGCAGAGCUGCAAAGGGUGGGCAGCCUACAGGAUCGAGAGAGGAGGAGGUCCUCGGACGGCUCAGAGAAAGGGGGCUGGAGACCCCAGCCUCCCCCUCAGAGCUCCAAGCCAGCGUUUGCCACCAUUCGAAGGGCUGAGGCUAGCUGGGAUAUCGCGGAGGAGAGCUCCCAGCUGGACCUGGAGGGGACGGACAUCUCCAGCGGGGCCCCCAGAGUGGAGGCAGGGGAGAAGCCCCCAAACCCCAGCUUCCUGGCAUCUGGAAAGGCCAGGGAGCCACCAUCCGGCCCCCGCCCCCCCAAGCCAGUAGCCAUCCCCCGCGGCCGAAAGCCCCCGAGUCAGCCGGAGAGGAGUCAGAGUAGCGAGGAGCAGGCAGGUGGGGCCGGCCCCACCGAGACUCGGACUUCCCCCCCCGUCGCCCGCCCCCGACCGGACCACUUGGAAACAGAAGGGGGGUCCGAGGUGGGGCGGAAGGCGGCCCCUCUGAAACCUCAGCGAACGCGCCGGGCGCAGUCCUGUGACAAACUGGAAUCAGAUCAGGGUCGAGACCCCGGAGCCAGAGGUGCUGCUAACGCCCCCCUGCCGGACCCCCCUCCGCCCCCGCCCUCGGAGCAGCAUCAGCCCCCUCGGAAACCUCGUCUCCCCAUCUCCCGGCCUUUCCUCUCUGUGGACCAGGCUGUGGGAACCCAGGAGUCCGGGACAGACUGACAGACCUGCUAUUGAGUAUCAGCCGUGCCACCAGCUGGGAGAAGAGGGGGAACGUGGAAGCCUGAGAACAGAGAGAGAGAAGGGACGACUGGGCCUUCCCCAAGAUCCAGCCAUGAACCCCCCAAAACAAGGAUCAGCACCCCCCCCACAUGGCCUUGGGGCUGCAGACCCUGCCCUGCCCCCCCCACCCUUCCCUCCCGCCUCACUUCCACUCCUCCGUUCAGGUCUGUUUUGUUCCCUCACUUCUGCCCCCCCACCCCAAUCCCUCGAGGGACGGACCCCUGUUUUCACGGCGUGCCCCCCGGCGGGAGGAGGCAUUGCUCCCCCGGGAGGAAACAGCGGGCGGGACUCUGAAUGCGGCUCAUCCCCCCUGCACCCCCCACCGCCCCCCAGCUGCCCACCCCCCAUUUUCCACCCCUCCAGGGUCCCUGUCUAUUUUCGGCUUGUACAGAAGGAAGAGAGAAAUAAAUUCUAUAUGGCGACCGGAGCG